GUUAAUCUCAAUUGUUUUCUACACACGCCGUAGUAGCGUAGACUAGUGCAAGAAUGUGUGCAAAAGUGUGCGGGGUGGAUUAAAUGAGGACAGAGUUCAGCACCUUUUACCGUCUUAACGCUGCCUUGACAAGAAACAAGAAAGACUGCGAGGAACAGACGCGUCCGUCUUAAGCCGCACCAGCAUCUAUUUACACCGCGCUUCCUUACCACCACAAGAGUACUGGACGUCUUUCUACAAGAAGGAAUAUCUGCUUCUUUUUGAGGGGAAAGAAAAAAAAUCAUUUUUGUGGGGCUGUUUUUGCUUCGUCGCUUCUGACAGGAAGUAACGACGCCACACAUCACUCCUUGCGUGCGACGAUUAAACAUGUACCCUCAAGAGCUGUGAUUCUCAUCUGGUGGGUCUAGAUUUCAAAUCUGUCUCCGUGGUGCCGUGGUCUCCAUCUCACCAUGGACCUCCUGCUGAGCGGCACCGCUGAAGGGGCCCUUCAGUUAGUACGGACGUCACCGAUUCACAGAUGACGCUAGUUGCCCGUACUCUUGGACGACUGAAACAGUCCAUCUUAAAUUGCCCUCACACAAAGAAGCCAUGCGUCCCUUGCUCUGUAUCAGCGUGUUUUGGUUCCUCCCUCUUGCCUCGAUGCUGGAUGAUGACGCACCCUUGGAUUGCAUCCCCCGCAGAUAUGUCGCCUAUAACAGCAAUGACACCCGCCUCUUUCGCGAGGAGGGGGUGUCCAACUACACCAUCAUGCUGCUGCAAGAGGACACGAAGCUGCUGUUGCUGGGUGCCAGGGAGGCGCUGUUCGCCCUUGACCUUGAGGACAUUUCAAAGAAACAGGCCUCUGUGAAAUGGGAGGCGACGCAACAGCAAGAGUAUGACUGUAAAAACAAAGGAAAAGAUCUUGUAAGCGAGUGCAAGAACUAUAUCAAGAUACUGCACAAGACGGAGGAUAACCGGAUGUACGUGUGUGGAACCAAUGCUUUUGAUCCAGAGUGUGAUUACAUGUCCUACGCAAAUGGGAAACUGACUCUGGCGAAGACGGGUGAAGACGGCAAAGGGAAAUGUCCAUUUGAUCCUUACCAAAGACAUGCCUCCAUCAUGGUUGACGAUAACUUGUACUCGGCUACGUCAAUGAACUUCCUGGGCUCGGAAUUGGUCUUAAUGCGCAGUUCUCCUCCCAUUCGCACUGAGAUUAAAACAUCCUGGCUCAAUGAGCCCAACUUUAUCUCCCUGGCUCAGUUGCCAAAAAGCGACUGGGGCGACGAUGACAAGGUCUACUUGUUUUUCAGCGAGACGGCAGUCGAGUACGACUGCUACAAGAAACCGGUGGUGGUUUCCCGUGUAGCCCGUGUUUGCAAGGGAGACACGGGAGGUCGGCGGACCUUGCAGAGAAAGUGGACAUCCUUCCUGAAAGCCAGGCUGGAAUGUCCUGUCCUAGGCUCGCAGCUGCCCAACAUCAUCCAGAAUACGUACCGCUGGUGUGACCCCCAGAAGCACUGGUCCGAUUGCUUAUUCUACGCCAUCUUCACCCCGCAGUCCGACACGUCCGACCUGUCUGCGGUGUGCGCGUACAGCGUAUUUGACAUCAACCGAGUGUUUGCGGAGGGGCAGUUCAAGACGCUGGUCCCUGUCGAAACCUCCUUUAUUUGGGUGGCGUAUAGUGGGGAGGUCCCCGACCCUCGACCCGGAUCUUGUCAAACUCGAUCCCUGGACCUCCCAGACCAAACCCUUCACUUCAUCAGAGAUAGGCCCCUCAUGGAGGACAUUAUUCAGCCAAUAGGCGAGAAACCUCUGCUGGAGAGACGGGGAGCCGCCUUUACGUGCAUCGUUGUGCACCAAGUGGAGGCAGCAGAUGGCCAGAAGUUCCAUGUGAUGUUCAUAGGCACAGAGGAUGGCACUCUUCUGAAAGCAGUAAACUACGUCGGUGAGAUGUUCAUCAUCGAGCAGAUUCAGCUCUUCCAGUCCCCCGAGGCCAUUAAGGUCCUGAGGUUUUCCGACGUCACGGGACAGCUAUACGCAGGAUCCGACUACGGAGUUGUACAGGUGCCUCUUGCCACCUGUGGGAGAUCCUUGUCCUGUUUGGACUGUAUUCUGGCAAGAGAUCCCUACUGUGGCUGGGACGCGGAUGCUGGGAGUUGCGUAGCCAUUUCCAGUACACAGAGGCAACUAAUCCAGAGCGUGAGGGACGGAAACGCUUCCCUCUGCCCGCCAGCGGACCCCAUACAUGUUGUGAACCAGUGGUUCAUGCCCGGCGGGAGCGUGAAGCUUGCCUGCCCGUCAUCGUCAAACCUAGCAACGACCAAAUGGGAAGUCAACGGUCGCCUUGUGGCCUCUUCGCCUCGCCACGAGAUCCUCCAAGACGAACUCCUCAUCCUCAACGUCUCAGACUCUGAUGCGGGCCGCUACCGCUGCCUGUCGAUGGAGCGCUCCAAAGGUGACCAGUACACCGCCACCGUGGCGGAGUAUCAGCUCAGUCUGAAAGGUGAACCGAGAUUACCUCAGGCUCAGAGGAACGGCUCCUCUACGGUCGGACUGCAGGUUGUCAUCGGGCUUCUGGUUGUUUCUCUCGUGGCCCUUUUGGCCUGGAAUUUUUACAACGGACACCUACCUCUGCCCUGGAACUGCAACAAAAAGCAGAGUGGUAAAUCUUAUGAGUCAAAUGGCCAGGAGGACCCAGGUCCACUGUGAAGCCACCAAGAUGCACUGAGACCCGGCCGGAUAAGUCGCCGCUCGCCGGAAGUGAGCACAGAAAGCGAAACGGUAUCCACGCAGAGGUCUGUUUCAGUUUCCUGUUUGCAGUUUAUUGACACCGAGUUUGACAUUUUAAGACAAUUGCGUACGCAGUGGGGGCGGGGGGGUGUGGAUCAGUAUGAAUGUGACUUUUGAAGAGCCAAAACGAUCCAAUAUGUUGGGCGGUUUCAACAAAGAAACGGUCAAAGCUGGAUCAGCUUCUUUCCUUCUUUGUUUCAUGCAGUGUUGUUGGAAAAUUGCUUGCUGCUUGAAAUUAAAGCCCGUGUCGGUGUCAUGCAAAGACUUGGAUUGGUUGACAUCAAAGGGGCCAUUGUGUGGAAAACACUUUUUCACUCAUUCACUCCCAAAGACGUUUUUAAACGUCUUUUCAGACUUGGUCCAGAAUUGGCUGGUACUGAAUGAGUUAAUUGUUGUACAAAUCGAAAUUCCAUUGGAGUUGGGAUGUAGUGUUAAAGAAAUUAAAAAAAAAAAAAAUACAACCUAUUUUAUAUGAUACUUGGAUUAACCGAUAUGUAAGAUGCCGAUGUCAUGAAAUGUCCGACUGGAUUGCAAUGUCCGUCUUGUAUUUGUUCAAGGCACCAUACACACGCAGUCUAAUUUGGCAGCUGGGUGAUUAAGUGCACAAGAGAAAAUCCGAUUGAUGCUGUCUUAACGUGUGCUCGGAUGGAUUUCUCACUCGCACUUAAGUCUUGAGGCUUUAAGCACAAAUAGCCUAAAGCCACGGCAUGUUUCCUUGAAAACGGAGGCAUUUGCAUUAUUCACACGGUGUAUUUUGUUUUGUUACAGGGGAACGUUUUCAUUUUUUUUCCUGAAAUGGUUUUUGUAGUUCACCUGUGUCCAGGUUUUACCUCGACUCACCAAGAAUGUGGAAAAACAGAUGUGGCUGUUAUGUGUACUUCUCAAAUCUUGGCUGUCUCUAGUUGGUCACUCAUCCCAAAUGAUGCCCACCUGAUGUUGUCAUUUUGUCAAUGUUUUUAUUUGUUCAUGCCGUUCCUGGUUGCCCGAUUGUUGUUGUUUUUAAAGUAGUAUUUUCUUUCACAAGAUAUCCUAAACCCACACACUAAACAGUGUGUUAACACAACAA